CUUUUCGCUUUGCAACUUGAAAUUUCCAUCAUCAUCAUCAAAUAACCAACCAAAAAAAUGUUUAAAACAACAGCAAACAAAGAACAUGAUAAUCCAAUAUUGGCAAUAAAACUUCGUAGUCCAUCAUCAACUGGUACAACAAUGAAUAAAACAAAUUCAAGUGGUUAUCCAACAAUGCCAACAUUAACAACAACAACACCUAAUUUAUUUUCGAGUGUUUCUACUGCUGCUGGAAAACCAGGAAAAUUACCCGAUAAACAAUCAUAUGGUUAUAAACAGGAAGCAUCAUUUUUAAUGUAUUUAGCUGCAUUUUCAUCAUUGCUUGGUGCAUUUAGUUUUGGUUUAGGUAUUGGUUGGUCAUCGCCAGCAUUCGAACAAUUUACAUAUAAUACAAGUGUACCACAAUUAUGUGAACCAUAUGAUUUAAGUUUAUUAACAUGGAUUGGUUCAGCAUUACCAUUAACCGCAUUAUUUGGUGCUGCAUUUUCCGAUUCAAUAGUACAACGUUUUGGUCGUCGUAUUGCAAUGAUUGGUUAUUGUAUACCAUUGACAAUUGGUUGGUUAUUAAUUAUUGUUGCCCAAUCCGGUUCAGUGAUAUUAACUGGUCGUAUUGUAUUAGGUUUAGCAAUUGGUGCAUUAUCUGGUACAGUGCCUGGUUAUGUUAAUGAUAUUUCAACAAUCCGUAUACGUGGUACGUUAGGUGCUUUAUUUCAAUUAUUUAUUGUUACCGGUAUACUAUUUGCAUAUGUUAUUGGUGCAUUUCUCACAUGGCGUAUGGCAUCAAUUGUAUCGUUAACACCGACCAUAUUACAGGCAAUAUUAUUAUAUUUUAUGCCUGAAGGACCAAAUUGGUUAAUACAACAUAAACGACUUGAUCAAGCUAAACGUUCAUUAAUUCGCGUUCGUAGUCCUAAUAGUGAAAUUGAUAAAGAAUUUGAUAUUUUAGUACAAGAAUCCGAACAACUAUCAAAAUUAGAAAAAGGUAGCAUUGAUACUGUCGGUAGUCUUGGUGAUGAUAAAGAAAAACAAAAACAAAAACAAACAAAAAAUGGUUCAAAAUGGCAUCUAUAUAAGAAAAAAGAGAAUUUAGUACCAUUAAUAUUAUCAUUAGGAUUGAUGUCAUUUCAACAGUUUUCUGGUGUUAAUGUUGUUAUGUUUUAUGCAACACCAAUAUUACAUGAAGCUGGUAGUUCAAUAACACCAAGUUUAGGUACAAUAUUGAUCGGUCUAGCACAAUGGUUAGCGACAUUUGCCUCAGCUGUAUUGGUCGAUCUAAUUGGUCGUCGUUCAUUAUUAUUAAUAUCCGGUGUUGUACAUGUAAUCAGUAUGCUGCUAUUCGGUGUUUAUUAUCAUUUUUUACAAGAAAAAGAAACAUUGGGUUGGAUACCAGUAUUUAGUAUGGUUAUAUUUAUUAUUGGUUUUGCAGUUGGUUGGGGACCAAUACCAUGGCUGAUGGUUGCCGAAAUUACACCACGUGAAACAUCAAGUUUAACUGCUGCAUGCAGUACAACUGUUAAUUGGGCAUUAGCAUUUAUUGUAACAAAAACAUUUAAAGAAUUACAAGAAUUAUUAACACAACAUGGUGUAUUUUAUCUAUUUUCUGCUCUAUCAGCUGCUAGUGUAUUGUUUACAUUAUUCUGUUUACCCGAAACAAAAAAUAAAACAUAUGAACAGAUUCAAGAUUUUUUUGCUGGAAAAAAAUCAUCAGGAUCAAAAACAAAAGAUGGAUCAAUUGGAACAACUGGAAAAACAUCAAAAACAAAUACAAAACCAUCUUUCUUGGAAUUUUCAUUAAAAGAUAGUAAUUCAUUAACACGUUCAUCGGAUUCCGCUUGAAAGCUAAUGAUAAUCGCGAAGAAAACGAUAGAAAGUAAAGCGAGCCCGAGAUAAAGACAAUAUAUAUCUGAUAUAU